UUUAUCUUCUGCCUUUCUUUUAGGGGAACCAACCCCGGCACCCAUCAUCGUCCAACGCAGAUCUAACAAAAUCAAAUGGCUGUAGUGUUGAAGCGGGGGAGAGUAAAGCGGCGGAUUUUUGAUUCGAUUAUGCUCAGGCGGAACCCAUAUGUAUGGUUAUUUGAAACCACGGGUGCAGCAGCCCCAAAAUAUGGCAAUUGUGAAUGUCAGAAGGUACUCGAUAUGAUUCCUGUUCCUCCUCAACAGGCCUCCAGAGUGCAUUCCCAAAAUGAUGGAAAGCACGGGGGUUCGAUGAAUCGGCGGCCUGUAGCGUUGCAGCGGGGGAGAGUAAAGCGGUGGAUUUUUGAGUCCAUUAUAGACAAGUUUACAGGGGCUGCACCCAAUAACUCCGACGAUUUCAAGAGCUGUAUGCUCAGGUGGAACCCAUAUGUAUGGCUAUUUGAAACCACGGCUGCAGCAGCCCCAAAAUCUGGCAAUUCUGAAUGUCAGAAGGUAGAUGAUAUGAUUCCUGUUCCUCCUCAACAGGCCUCCAGAGAGCAUGAGCAUGAUGGAAAGCACGGGGGCUCGAUGAAGCGGGGGAGAGUAAAGCGGCAGAUUUUGGAGUCGAUUAUGGAGAAUUUUACAGGGGCUGUACCCAAUAACUCCGACGAUUUCAAGAGCUGUAUGCUCAGGUGGAACCCAUAUGUAUGGCUAUUUGAAACCACGGCUGCAGCAGCCCCAGAAUAUGGCAAUUCUGAAUGUCAGGUGGUAGUUGAUAUGAUUCCUGUUCCUCCUCAACAGGCCUCCAGAGAGCUUGAGCAUUCCCAAAAUGAUGGAAAGCAGGGGGGCUCUGUCGUCAACAACAUUACUAUUAGUCACAAUACAAUCGUUGCUGCCAAUUCCACCAAGGUAGGAAUUUCGCUUUCUAAUCCUACGAAUGAGGUGAGAGAAAUACGGAAUCUGGUUUUGGUAAGUACUUGUUUGCUUUUGGUCUGUACUUGUUUGCUUUUGUUCAGUACUUUUUUGGUUUUGUUCAGUACUUUUUUGGUUUUGAAAGCAAAACAAAACGUCUGCAAAGACAACCAAGCGCGACGAACUGAGGUGAUCAAGUGUUUAAUGUAAACCUCUUUUGUGUUAGCUUCUCCUAAUGGAAAUUGCCAUUGAAUAUAAAAAAGGAGGAACAUCUCCGGAUGCAAGAUACUACUAUAAGUCUUUGAAGGUUUGAAAAGCCCUUAGAUCCUUAUGAUUGUUUUCACGUCGAAGUUGUGGAUCAAAUUGUAGGGAAGCCAUUCAUUGAAUCAAGCCUCACAGAUCCUAUAGAGAAUAUUGAUACUUUUGACGGCACAAACCAAGACCAUUGAGGUGAUGUACCUCAAUGAUCCCCCAGAUAUAUGAUGGUUGCUGAGUCCGGCUGAAGACUUUAAAUUAAGCGAUUCUUGGGAGGCAACCCAUGUUUUGGAUGCAUGAUGAUGAUGCGAGGAUCUUGGCAUUUGCAGCACUUCCUACUCGAGAUUAUAUGCCCAGGGAGCUCUAACCCUUACUCUUUACUCUUUAUUAUACUGUUUUAAUUCUUUUCUCCCUUUGCUUGAUUCAUUGCAUGUAUUUUGAUUCUUUUUACAUUGAGGACAAUGUUUCAUUUAAGUUUGGGGGGAAUGGUUUAGCUUUAUUGCUUGUUUUUGUGUUUUGAAAAUUUCUAAUGUCUGAAAAUGCAGGAUUUCGUUUUGCUUAAAAACUGUUUUAAUUGGUAACUGUGCUGACAAUUUGGUCCGCGUUUUGUUCUUUGCUUUUUCGUG